CAAGAUAAGCUAUCUGUUUCAAGGCAUUUAGAUGUCCAUCAUCCAAUCUUUUAUCUUUUCAUCGCAGUUACAGUUGGGUACGGUAACACCAAGAGUUUAAAACGCAUGGCACAGGGAAGCAAAAUGGCCACCGUUAAAGACAAAGCUACAAGAGUUAAGGUCAGCCGGCGUUUAAAUGAGUCGGAGCAUGAUCAUAUCCGCCAUACUUUCUUGUCAGCUGGUGGGAAUGCACCACCCUUCGAUUCCCAUUUGGCAAAUGCUCCGGCUGAGGAUAAAGCUAGUAAAUUGACACCUUUUCACCACGAAUGUUUCUGCAACCAUGGAGAUGACCUAGUCAGUGCCAUCAAGUGGCAUUUGGACAACAUGAGCAAUCCAGAAGAAAUCAAUUGGCAAGAUGCUAUUGGUCUAAGUCCGUUGCAUUUGCUUUGCGGGUUUAACGGAUCAAUUUACUUCGUGGAAGCACUGGAACUAUUACUAGAAAAAGGAGCGAAUUUGAAAGCUAUCGAUUUAAGAGGCUACACUCCGUUUCACUACAUGUGCUUCAAUGCCAUGUUGUCAAUUGAAGUCCAGUUGAAAGGACUGAGCAUGCUAAUACGCCGGGGGUCGGAUAUCAACGCUAAAGAGUAUAGAGUUCGAGCAUCUCCAUUGCAUCUGCUUUGCAACUAUAACACGAAGAAGAAAUUGGAUCCUAUUAUAUCCUUUUUCAUACUUCAUCGUGCUAGUCUGCACGCCAAAACUUCAGAAAAUCGAACAGCAUUGCAUUGUUUGUGCCGGACCCAUCGCGAUGAACAUCUUCUCGGUGCUGUUACUAUUUUGGUCCGUCACGGUGCUGAUGCCAAUGUCCGUGAUGACAACAACCUCACUGCACUUCAUGAAGUUUGUCUGUUCUACCAAAAGCCGAAUUUAAGCAGCGUAAUUGACCAGUUGUUAAGUAACAAAUCGACGUGUGUUAAUUAUGCGGCUAUGCACAAGAGAGCAGCUCUUCAUCUGAUUGCUAUUCAUUACCAUCACGCAAAUUUGCCCGAACUUCUGGAGUCUAUGCUUACAAAACAUGGAGCCGAUCCAAAUCAAAGUGACGAAAAGUAUCGAACUCCUCUCCAUUAUUUCCUGCAAUAUAACCGUUCUAGUUGUUGGAAAGAAGCUAUUGAAGUCCUGAUUCGUUCGGGAGCAGAUUUAGAAAGACGUGACUUGAAAUUUGGACGUCCUGCCCUUCACCAGGCUUGUUUAAAUUUUUACCAGGCCACUGAGCUACCUGAGAUCAUCGAAUUGAUGAUUAAAAAUGGAGCAAACGUCAAUUUUCUAGACAAACACAAUCGUAGUGUUUUGCACUAUUUGACAUCCGCGUCGGCGGUUAAUUUGAACGUGGGUCGAUGCGUUGAGUUGAUAUUGCCUCACCUUAACGAACAUACAGUGGACGAAGUGUCAGUUCAAGGCACAACAGCUUUAACACAAGCGGCUCGAAUGGGUUGUGUUGCUACUCUUCGUCAGUUAAUUCCAAAAGCAAAUAAAAAUGUUACCGAUUCGUUCGGGAAAAAUGUUCUGGAAUAUCUGAAAGAGUUGGGCGAAAGAAAGGGUCGUCCUCUUUGUUCUUGCUGUCAAGCUGUCGGUUCUUUCGUAUUACCACAAGCUCUGGUCAUGAAUUUAACGAGCAAAGAACGAGUUCGGCUUCGUCAUCCGGAACGAUUUAGUCUGGCAGAGUUAGGGAGAUACGUGCUGGAUACGUCUCCUUACGUCACUUUUCUAUACGAGGAUCAUCUCUUCAAAUUAGCCACGCCCAAGUGGAUGGAAUUCUUGGACUUUUGGAACCAUUCCAAAACGUUGUCUUUAAAUGACAUUGUGCGAGUCCAGCGAUUCAUCCGUGGCAUGACUCAUCCGUGCAAAUUGCCACCAUUAAUUCCGCCACGACGCAACAAGUGCGGAUGGUGUGACACCAUCGGCACUGUCCACAGCUAUGUGAAAACUCUCACGGACAAGGCUGGCCAGAUGGAUUAUCGUUUCCGGCCAUCAUCCGUCAUAGUUUACGGUUCAUUGGCUGAAGGCUCGAAACUAUUCGCACCGGAUUCGUAUCAUUACGCUGUUGUUCUGGCUGAUUGGUAUGAAGACCCGUUACAUCCGCAAACGGUUCGCUACAAUGGAGACGAGGCUUUGGUCGAGCAAUUUGCUUCACGAAAGAAGCUGGGCGAAAUCUCUUCCAGCAAAUUAAGUCAAUACUACAAUGGAAUUUUGGAAACGGCUGCCAGUUGGAUUCAGCGUUUUGAAAUUUUCGAGCAUUGGACUUCGAGUUUUGAUGAAAUCAAUACGACUCUUUAUUUAGUGUAUCGUGGGAAGAACAACCAGGCACCUAUGCGUUUGGCCGUCUCACUUUCGUUGGCUAUUGAACGUGCUCCAGGCCACACUCUUCGUCGGAGCCAAUUGCCUUCGUGGUGUCGAGUGGCCGAAAGAGACGAGAAAAUGGAAUAUUUAGGUGCUAAACCCAGCAUGGAAGGUUGGAGGUCUAUUUAUCCGGCCGUGGAACGAGAUAGCAUCAGACAUUCCGGUUCAACAGCUCUGCAAGUCUUCCAGUUGGUCAAACUUCUUAUAGCGGCUUCUAAUAGUACAGAAGAUGGCCAAAUAAUGAAAGAAGAUCCGAGCUCUUUUGCGCUAAAAAAUAGCCUGUUGCACUACAUGGAAUUGAAUCCGCCCCCGUGGAAUACUGUCGACAUCAUUCUGCACAGUCAGGGCGUCAUCGAUGUCAUUCUGGAUAAGCACGAUUUCUCCAUGAGUUUUUUCGACGACAAAGAAAAGAUCACAUUCGAUCAAAUGCCUCUCUUCUCGCCAAUAGCUUUUGACAUCAAGAAGAAGAUCAUGUUGAUCAAACUGCAGCUGAAAUGUCUGCUCAAUGACAGACACCAUUCAUUCACUAUCUAAUCGAUACAUUUAGGGUAUUCGCCCGUCCUUGUAUACAUCCGAACAAAAUCUCAUUUUUGUCGUGAGAAUACAAGACCUUUUAAACAAA